AUGCCCCAAUCCAAACUCUUCUCGAAGUUCCACCUUCCCGGUCCAGGACCAUACGACCUUGCCUCUUCCGACGCAGAGGUGGCAGGCUACCACGCACUUAAGCAAAAGGUUCUAGCAGACGAAGAGAAGAGGAGACAGGCAGAGAAGAUGAGGUUAUUGAUUGAGUCAGAAGCACCAGGAUGUGCAAAGCAGGCGAAACUGAUACACUCAUCUCCUACCUCUCUGAAGAUGCCUGGGUUCGGCCUUGCGAAGCCCGGAGCAAAAGACCUAACUUCAUCGGAUGCAGAGAUAGCAUAUUACAAUGCCAUAAAGCAGAAAGUUAAGGCAGAGGAAGCGGCCAAGAAGGAAGCCCAGAGGAAACGCAGUAUUGCUAUGGGGCUGGCAGAAAGUGCCCUGGAAGACCCAAGCUGUGCGAGCGCUGCAAUUAGGGACGUUCCCCUGUAA